GUCCACAACAUUCCCAACCAACCAACACGAAUGGAUGAUCAGAUGAUGGAGAUGCAACGCUUGAUGCCUUGUAACUCCCGCCUGGCUGCCUUUAUUAGUUGCCGUUCAUGCCUAUUCGCUGUUUGUCAAAAUUCCCGUGACAAUUGGAUACCACGUAGUAGUGUGGUAAAUGUUCCAUUUAGUCGCUCUGGGACUUGCAAACUUUGUCUCAACCCGCCCAAGUGCUCUAAUGAUGCCAAUAACUGCUCGACUUUUGUGCAGCCGUUUGGUAGGGAGGAUGGGGAGGAACUUUCUUAUAUUUCCUUCAAUGAAUCCAUUUGCGAAAUGUGCAUGUCAGGAGAAGUAAAUGAGGCGAUGUCCUUGCUCUCACAGAUGGAGGCUUUGGGCUCUCGUCCCAAUUUGAAAUCUUACACCCUCUUGAUAACAGCUCUCGGAAAUGUUGGCAGGACCUUGGAAGCUGAUGCUAUCUUCCAGGAAAUGACGAGUCUUGGAUACAGGCCCAGAGUCAAAGCUUUUAAUGUCUUACUUAGAUGUUUCUUGAGAAAAGGCCUGUCUGGGCUCGCUGAUAAGGUUCUACUUACAUUGGAUGACUUGGGAAUACAAAGAAACAGGGAAACCUAUGAAAUUCUUCUCGAGUACCAUGCACGGGCAAAACGUCUGGAGGAUACGUGGUUAGUCAUUGCUGAAAUGAGGAGAGAGGGAUAUCAUCCAAAUUCUUUUGUGUACAGUAAAGUUAUUGAACUUUACAGGGACAAUGGCAUGUGGAGAAAAGCGACAAGCAUUGUUGGAGAGAUACGGGGUAUGGGUUUGUCCCUAGACAGGAAAAUCUAUAACAGCAUAAUUGACACGUUUUGUAAAUAUGGUGAGUUAGGUGAAGCAGUAGAAGUUUUUAAGACAAUGCAGCUGGAGGGUAUAAUGCCGGACAUCACCACCUGGAACUCUUUGAUUCGGUGGCACUGCAAGUUUGGGGAUGUGUCUAAUGCUCUGGAUAUGUUCAUAAGCAUGCAAGAACAAGGCCUGUAUCCUGAUCCAAAGAUUUUCAUUACCAUUAUUUCCCGUUUGGGAGAACAGGGGAAAUGGGAUGUUAUAAAGAAAACUUCUGAGAAUAUCAAGCAUAGAGGGCACCACAGAAGUGGGGCCAUCUACGCUGUUCUGGCUGAUAUUUAUGGGCAAUAUGGGAGAUUUCAGGAUGCAGACAAUUGCAUAAACGCCCUAAGAUCAGAAGGGGUUAAACUUUCAGCAAGUACUUUUUGCAUCAUAGCAAAUGCUUAUGCGCAACAGGGAUUAUGCGAACAGACCAUUAAGGUUCUGCAGCUUAUGGAAGCAGAAGGAAUAGAACUUAACCUUUUAAUGCUAAAUGUGCUGCUCAACGCAUUUAGCACUGCAGGGAGGCAUUUGGAGGCACUAUCAGUUUUUAACCACAUAAGAGAGACGGGUUUUUGUCCUGAUGUAGUUACCUACAGCACACUUAUGAAGGCUUUUAUAAGGGCUAAAAAGUUUGAUCAGGUUCCUAGUAUAUAUAAAGAAAUGGAGUAUGCUGGAUGUACACCAGAUAGAAAGGCCAGAGAGAUGCUGCAAGCUGCUGAAAUGGUUCUCCAACAAAGGCAUUUGGAGUUUUUAAGUAAUACACCAUGAUAUCUUCUGCACAUGGCAAGCUAUUAUCACUAAUCAGCCCAGCCCUUCUUCUAAGUUCCAAGUCCUAAGUCCUAUCGGUGGCUGCUGCCCAUAGUGCAAAGCCCAGCAGCACUCCAAUAUGUCAUCCUCUGUUGUAGCAGGUGCUUCAUCUUCUUGCUCAGCUGCUUAUGUGAGAAACCUCUCCCUCAAAUCCAACUCCUCAAUUCCAUCUGCAAAUGCAAAGCGAUUAACUUCCCACUCUGAGAAAUUUAGCUUCCAAGGGUGCUCACUUCAAGAGGUCAAAUG